AUGGACUAUCCCCUGUUCCUUACGCCGAUUCCUCCAAUAUUAACUUAUGUUGAAAGGAGUCUCUCCUUUCGGGUAGGGGCCGACGGAGAUCUGAGGAGCAGGACACGAGUUUUGAGAACGAUAUCUUGUGGAUACUCAACCUCAUUCAACGCGCUGGGCAUCCGCUUUAUACAGCAAGGUAUUAUCUCCGACGGAGAUCGUCUCUCAAAGAGUGAAAGCAUGCUGGCGCAGGAGAAGCAAAUGGCGGUGCCGGAUUCAGAUAAACUAAGUCCCAAUGACAAGAUGUUAGAGGCCUUUGAGCGUUGGGCAACGAAUGGUUUUAUGGGACUGGCGCAUGUUAGAGAUCCAGCCGAACUAGUAUAUCGAUUGCGAGAAUGGCUUUCAGGCGCUUGUAACUGUCCACCUCCAACUGAAGGCACAGUGAACGAAUGGCUGUGGCAAAUGGGGCGACGAUUUCCUACGUUUGGCAGCUGGUUGAUGGAGAAGCUCAAAUCAAACAUACUACGGGGACCCUUCAAUUCAUCUGUUGUACCAUCAAGCGCAAGCCCUUCAAGUGCAGCACCCACAGCGGACCCACCAACCCCUCAGCCGGCCCCGAUAUCUCAACUUGCAUCAUCAUCUUACAACAAUUCCGCAUCAGCCCACUGUACAUCUCAAACGUUUUCGGCUCCAUCCCAAUCUUGCGGCAGCCUAGAGAACAGCUACGGUUCUCCUGCACCCACGGAGAACUGGUCAACUAUCACCGGCUCAUCUCCAUCUCCCCUUCCCACCAGCACUGGCCCAUCAACUAUCGCAGAACGCUAUCCACCGUAUCCAAGCCGGUUGCAAUCUAUGAUUGGAACUGUCCCGCUGUCUUCACCUACGUCUUUGGGGGAGUGUCAUGCUACCGGAUGUCUUGGAUAUUAUUCUCCAACGCAUUUCUGUCUGCACAAGCGCCAGAAUUCAACCCACUGCCUAGUUCCACCUGAGUGGACAACGUAUGGUUACGAUAUUGAGGCCGCUUUCGAAAAAACAAUCAAUCUGCAUCGGGAGCUGGAAGAAAUCAUUGCAACACCUUCAAUGACGAUUGGUAGUAUCUUAAAAGAGGAAAGCAAGGUAAUACAGGCCCUGUGCUUGUGGGAAGAGGCGAAAGCAGUCGGGGGAAAGAGUAAAAUAUUACGUCUAAAACGGAGAAAACUAUAGAGUACUUUGAAAGUCUAAGUUAUGUACGUUGUCGCAUUGUAAUUUAUAUAUAUAUGUUCGGGCA